CUCCAUUCUUCUACAUGUGUAAGCUCGCAUUCAAUCCCGCUGGAUCGUGCCGUCUCUAAAAUGGCACAGAUAUCAAGCUAGGAUACUUCGGCUGGCGCCAUGAAGACGUACCGAAAGACUACGAGCCAUCCCAGGGCCUUUAUUGGUUCUACAUCGCGCAACUGUUCUACAACCCUAUCCUUGCCUUAGUCAAGUGCUCGAUACUUGUGUUUAUCCUACACAUUGGUCGCACUCGCAAAGGCUUACCUUGGAUGGUGUACACAGGCUUAGCAAUCACGGUUCUCCAUGCCAUUAGCGUUUUCUUUGCAGUACUAUUCUCUUGCGUCCCGAUCGCCGCGAUUUGGACCCGAGCCUGAAGCCCCACGCGCAAUGCAUUGACAAUUCUUUCCAUGUCAUCAUCUCCAGCAUCACCGUACUGACGGAUAUCCUGGUACUCGUGCUCCCGUUCUACGUUUUCUUGGGUUUACAAAUGCGUCGCCGUACGCAAAUUGCCGUGUUGUGUUGUUUCGCUUUCGGCGCCGUGGUCACUGCCGUCAGUAUCGCCCGCAUUGUCUCCCUUGUUGAGCUAUUUUACCUUCCCUCUGGAGGAGAUCCGUUUUAUGACAUCAAGAUCACCUAUUCAAUCGUCGAACCCAAUGUCGCCAUUUCCACGGCGUGCGCACCGGCCCUAUGGCCUCUAUUCAAACACUACUUCUCCGGGCCCGUAUCUGCAAAAGGCACAUACGGUAAGAGUUAUGGAACAGCGUCGACGGGCACGCACCAUCACAGGAAACCCAGCUUACAAGGCGGACAACUCGCCAUUACUUUGAAGGAGUAUGGGCAGAAGGGUCGGCGACGGGAUGGACAUGAAGAGUUGGGCUCCAUAGCGUCCUCGCAAGAUAGGAUGGUAUAGACGAAAACUGGAGCGGUAUAUAGUGUGUUACUCGUAUAUUAACGUAUUGAGCUAGUAUACCCAACUAAUAGAUUAGCGAAUGUACCUAUACUGUUAUCAAGCUGUCGAGCUUUCGUGCGCGUGUUCGAGUUGAGUGAUGAGUCCGUUUUCGCGCUGAUGUGGCACGCGGGUCGCGCGAAAGCUAUCUUGCGCGGUCUGUGCCAAAUGACAACUUCUCAUCCAAGACAGGAUCACAAGCUCGUCUAUGGCCUGUUAUCUUGUUGUGG